CCGCCGGGAUUCGACACUGCCUCCCUCCGCUACUGCAGCCUGGUCGCGAGGAGCUGUACCAAUUCACUUAUUAUUAGCGAUAUCAGAAAUUAUAAACAAUUUGCCAUUUUAAAACCAGGGAAUAGUCCGUCGUUGGAUACCACCACCCUCUGCAAAAUGCAGGCCAUCAAAUGCGUCGUGGUGGGCGAUGGUGCGGUGGGAAAGACAUGUCUUCUCAUCAGCUAUACCACCAAUGCCUUCCCUGGAGAAUACAUCCCCACAGUGUUUGACAACUACUCUGCCAAUGUGAUGGUAGAUGGGAAACCAGUGAAUCUGGGACUGUGGGAUACUGCAGGACAGGAAGACUACGACAGGCUCAGACCUCUGUCCUAUCCACAGACAGACGUGUUCUUGACAUGCUUCUCUCUGGUGAGCCCUGCCUCCUUUGAGAACGUCAGAGCUAAGUGGUACCCGGAAGUGCGUCACCACUGCCCCAACACCCCCAUCAUCCUGGUGGGCACGAAGCUGGACCUGAGGGACGACAAGGACACUAUUGAGAGGCUGAGGGACAAGAAGUUGUCCCCAAUCACCUACCCUCAGGGCCUGGCCAUGGCACGGGAGAUAGGUGCGGUGAAGUACCUGGAGUGCUCAGCCCUGACCCAGAGGGGGCUGAAGACGGUUUUCGACGAGGCCAUCCGGGCCGUCCUGUGCCCGCCACCAAUCAAAAAGAGGCGCAAGAAGUGCACCCUCUUCUGAGGGGGGGGCGAGGAGGAGGGGGUCUGCAAGAAAUUAAAACUGAAUCUACUGCUAAUCUAUCGCUGUCAGUGUCUCAAAUACUACCCUAGUCCCCCUUUAACACUGGCCAAAAGUAGUGCACUAUGUAGGGAAUAGGGUUGUUGUUUGUAAGGGAGUAGUAGUGCACUAUGUAGGGAAUAGGGUUGUUGUUUGUAAGGGAGUAGUAGUGCACUAUGUAGGGAAUAGGGUUGUUGUUUGUAAGGGAGUAGUAGGGCACUAUGUAGGGAAUAGGGUUGUUGUUUGUAAAGGAGCAGUAGUGCACUAUGUAGGGAAUAUGGUUGUUGUUUGUAAGAGAGCAGUAGUGCACUAUGUAGGGAAUAGGGUUGUUGUUUUAAGGGAGUAGUAGUGCACUAUGUAGGGAAUAGGGUUGUUGUUUGUAAGGGAGUAGUAGUGCACUAUGUAGGGAAUAGGGUUGUUGUUUGUAAGGAGCAGUAGUGCACUAUGUAGGGAAUAGGGUUGUUGUUUGUAAAGGAGCAGUAGUGCACUAUGUAGGGAAUAGGGUUGUUGUUUGUAAAGGAGCAGUAGUGCACUAUGUAGGGAAUAGGGUUGUUGUUUG